AGAAUAGAAAUGACCUGUACUAGAGUGAAAGGAAGAAAAAACAAUGGAGGCUCAGAUUCAGCCCAAUAAUGCAAAAUUGAUUGGACAGCACUUCACAGUACAGAUGGACAGUUAUUCAAAAUACGCUAUAAAAGCAACUCAUGAGUUUUUGAAGAAGCACAGCUGCAGUAAAAGCCUGGGAAUGCAUCACAAAUGAGGUGAUUCUUGAUGUUUUCCACAUUUUAAAGACUUCAUGAAGUCAUUGCUGGCAAAAGAUUGUUGAAAAAGUAUUAAAAAUGCAAAUUUGAUUUAUGACCAUCUUAAUGAAUUAAGUAAAAAAUUGUUUUGUGCUGUGUCUCCUCCAGUUGUAAAUAGUUUUAUUGAUCAUUAUUGGUUUCUGUUAUUCUAGAUUACUUAAUUUGUGUAGACCAGACAUAAAGUCAGUAUGUCAUGAGCAGCUGCAGGUAGCCAUGUCUGCACAUUGUCCGUAUCAAUAUUCCCUUCAUCUUUACUGCUGGUGUUGGGUUACCACAGCGCUGACAGUACAGAACAAUCUGGAGUCAGGUACUGUAAGUGGGACAAACCUCCUUCAUUUCAGGCCAAACCACAUUCUCCGAGUCCCCAUUUCCCCCCAAUCAUCGCCGUGAAGUAGCUGACACAAGUAAGUUUUUGUGUGUUUUUGCCUUCAGGUAAAACUGCCUGUGUGCAUAAUGAUGGUCUCAUACCAACACGGUGAUGGAACAUUUACCAGUUUAGCUCUGUGCUCGUGAGUCAGGUUGAGAUCUGGGGCGUUUGGUGUUAAAUGGAGUCGUCACCUUUUUUUCACAACACUCUCAGACAGCCCCCCGUUUGAGAUCAAAUGUGAGCUGAAGGAAAUCUGGAAUCACUUAUUAAAGUUCUGUGCAUGUGUGGAUGUGUGUGUGUGUGUGUGCGCGCAACUUACAGUGUGCUCUCUGCUGUGUAUGCACUCUGUAGUGUUGGUCUGGGACUUACAAAAGCACCAUUGUGUAGGCAACUGUGACUGAGCUGGCCUCCAAAACUUUGGUUAGUCCAGGCAGGCGUGCGAGGAGGUGGGGUUGCCAGCGUAUGGGUCACAGAGCAUAGGAGGGGACAGGUUAUGGUAAUGAAUGAGCUUCAGUGUGUGCAGCUGGAACCUCAAGCUGCAGAGCAGUCACCAAAAUGGUCUCCCCAGUCGCCGUACACCUUCUCUUCUUCCUCAUAUCUGUGAACCUGAUGCCCGCCACUCCCAUAGAUGUGCAGCAGCCUUUCCAGGCUUCAGAGGGAGGUGUCGGGGUUCCUCAGGGGAAGAGCAGAAAGCGAGUCUUCCCGGUGCCCCACACCCAGGAGCCCGAUCCCAUAUCUGAGGCUUACGGCUACUGCAAUACCCCAAACCGCACUGAACAGGCCUGGGAGGGUCACAGUCCUGCUGACUACAAGCUGCUGUCUGUCCAGGUGAUGAUUCGCCAUGGUGACCGCUAUCCACUUUACUCCAUUCCCAAGACCAAGCGACCCACCAUCGACUGCACUCUGUCCAGCAGCAGGAAACCCUCUCACCCACUGCUCAACUCCUUCAUUAGUCACAUGGGCCAAGGGGCUCGUGGCCACUGGGAGUCACCACUGGGCUCUGUUCCCCGUCUGCCCAGCCACAGCGCCUGUGAGAUGGGAGAACUCACGCAAACAGGUGUGGUGCAGCACCUGCGCAACGGGCAGCUCCUCCUCCACGCCUACAAACACCACAAUUUCCUCCCCCCUGGUUGGUCGCCCCGCCAGGUGUGGGUGGAGACCACAGGGAAGAGUCGCACCCUCCAGAGCGGACUGGCCUUCCUCUACGGCUUCCUGCCCAACUUUGACUGGACGAAGCUGACCGUGCGCCACCAGUGGAGCACGUUGUUCUGCGGUUCGGCGUGCGACUGCCCCGCCAGGAACAAAUACCUGGAGGAGGAGCAGAGGAGGCAGUAUCGGCUCAGAGUGGCCGACACUGAACUGGAGAGAACUUACGCCGACAUGGCGCGAAUCCUGGGUCUUCCCACCCGCCAGCUCCGAGCUGCGAACCCCAUAGAUUCCUUGCUGUGCCACCUGUGCCACGACCUUUCUUUCCCGUGUGCUCCCGUGGGAGAUAGCGGCACUGGUGGAUGCCUGACGAUGGCACAGUUUGCCGUAAUUCGUCGGCAGCAGCUGGACGAUGAGGCGGAUCGGAGGAGAGCGGGGCUGUAUCGUAAGUACGCAAUCCUGGCCAUGUACCCCUACCUCAACCGCACCGCCACCAAGAUGGAGCGGGUCGCUAAGGGCAACGAGGCCGGCCGACAGUCUCGCGUAGGAGGCGAGGAGGUCUUCACUCUGUCCUCAGCUCACGAUGUCACCGUGGCUCCGUUGCUCAGCGCCCUUGGCCUGGAGGAGGCCAGGUUCCCGCGUUUUGCGGCGAGAAUAGUCUUUGAGCUGUGGAAGAGUCCUGUCGUCACACAAGGGCAGGGAAAAAAGAGAUCUGGAAAAGGUGAGAAGUCAAAGACAAAAGAUGGUGAACUGUUCAUCAGGGUGCUGUACAACGGCGAGGACGUGACAUUUCACACCACCUUCUGUCGCUCCCACGACCGCCACGCCGGCCAGCCGCUCUGCCCUCUGAAAAACUUCCUGUCUUUCGUCAGGAGAGACAUGUUCAGUGUCGUCAAUGCAACUUCCUACAAGGAGGCCUGCUACAGGCGCCCUGGUUGACAGAUGGACAGAUGGAGAGGAGGGUGACUGAGUAAGGACGCAGAGUUGGCAGAUGGUUUAACUUCUUUUUUUCUUUUUUUUCGGGAGAGGAUGCACUUUUAUGCUGCUCAUAGUGUCUUAUAAUUCCUCAUGUUUUAAAUGUAGUCAUUGCAUUCCUGUGUACAGAGAGAGUGGUAAACAAGCAGACUUGUAUGUCAUCUCUGGACAAGAGGUUUUCACUUUCUAACCCUUAUUCUAAUACUUUUAAGUAUUGUAUCUUUUCUUUUUAACUAGUGAAUGAAGGGAAGUUGUAAGGCACUUAGCCACUUUAUUCCUACAUUCCAUAACACCAUGGAAUUGUACGACGGUACUAUUCCCAAAUGUCCGCAACAAAAAGGGAAUGUUGAACCUGGAAAUACUAUGCUGGAUUAUCCAUUCCUUAGGAAAGUUUUUGCGUGUAAUAAAUCUUUUCAGUGAAAAUACACAUUUGGCUAGUUUGGGCCACAGUACCCAAUAUGACUGAGUCAUUAGUCACUGACAUUGACAUUUUGUUAAUACUUACAGUAGGCUGCCUUUUUAUGGGUAUAUUUUUGACACAUUGAUAAUGUACUUUUUGUUGCUCUAACAAAAUUCACAAAGGUACUUUGAAAAUGAGUGUUUUCCCCUUACAUUACAGUACAUCUGUAUGUAUAUUUGCUGAUUAUGUUUUCAUUUUGUUUUUGCUACUGGAUCUAAUAAAGGUUCAUUCUGAACUGACAUUUAUACUGUAAAGCACAUGCGCAGUAAAAUAAAUGUCCUGAUGUUUUAA